AGUUGUGUUGCGAGUGGAAGUCGCACCGUUCUCGACGAAGUCGUUUCUUCAUUACUCCGAUCCAGCUGCUAUAGACUGGCCUUCGCGGGAUGCAUUGUCAGUGACCAUCAACUCUGGUCGAGCACGGACGCAUCAAACGCACGAUUGCCGGAAGUGUUGGCGCAUCAUCAGGUGUUGGAAUGAGCCUUAAACGGUGCAUACCGUAGCGACGAUAUGGGACAAGUGAUCGAUGAAGUUGCUACUCCCUUCACCUUCACGCUAGACGAUCAACGAUCGUGUGCCAGUUGACAUCAGUAGUGUCUAGCGUUUGAUUCGAUGAAGCAGAGUGCAGUGUGCCUCGGUGUUUUUCGCAGUUUCCCUUCGUCUAUCCAUCCGUAAUGGUUCCUGUUCCGGUGUUCCACUUCGUUCUUUUCUCUGUGAUUUCAAGCGCAUCGAGUGCCGUGGUGCGACAGUAUAGCUGUGAUAAUUACUUUCAAUCCUGGUGCCAGCUGCACAAUGUCACGAUCCAGAUGGAGCGGGACGUUCAGGGUACGAUCUUCCCACGGGAACGGCAGCUCGGCUUCGUCUACGGUACGAUCGGGAACUUCUCGCACACCUUCAACAAUCAGCUGUUCCGGGCGGGCGUACUGAGGGUAUUCGCACGUGGAACACACAUUCCGUACCUCACGAUGCCAAACACGCUCGAUCAGUUGUACUUGCGCGACAACGAUCUACGCACCGUGGAGAUCGAUCCAAGGGUACGCUACACGCUUCGCUAUCUACGGAUCCAGAUGAACAAGCUACGAUCGGUGGCCCGCUUCGAGCAUCUAACGCAACUGCUUGAGCUCAAUCUCUGCGAUAAUCUGCUCGAGACGGUCCCGUUCGAUACGUUCGCCACGAUGACUAGAUUGCGUCAGUUGAUCCUGUGCGGGAAUCACAUCAAAACGCUCGUCCCACCGAUUCCGCAACAAACCGUGGUCCAGCUACCCUCGCUGACGCAUCUGGAUCUGAGCGGGAACUUUAUCUGCUCGUUACCGCUCGCUCGGUGGCAGUUUCCGCAGUUGGUGAAUCUGGGUUUGCGCGACAAUCUGCUUACCGAGCUGGACAGUAGCGCCAUCGUGGCCCGCUUUCCACGGAUGCGCAUCUUCGAUGCAUCGGCCAACGCACUGGACUGUCGUUCGUACCGGCAGGCACUGCGAACCUUCGCCAACCGCUCGAUCGUACAUCUGAUUGAUCGACGAAUGUGUAGCGUGGACGAUGCCAUCCUUGUUAGCGGUGAGGAUCGCGGUGAUGGCCGGCGUGAUGGCGCCAAAACCAUCGGAAACGGCUCAAGUGGUGGUGGUGGAAGUGGUAAUGAGAUCGUGCCAGCACGCCCUGGGUCGACCCUGGCGGGAGGACAAGAAAUUCGAAACCUUAAGGAACGGCUCUUCCUGCAGCAGUUAACCAUCCAGCGGCAGCGGAUGGAAAUCGAACAGCUGCGCGCCAACCUGACGACACUGAUGGAACAGUUCGAUCUCGUCGCCGGGCCUGUCCGUGCCGUCGAUCCAUUCUAGCGCUACCGCACGCUGCUCUUUGAUGCAUCUUUAGCCAACCGGUGCAGCGGUUUUACACCGCGAUGCAAUAAACAGCAAACCAGAGAGAGAGACAGAGCGAGAGAGCAAUAAGGGAGAGUAACUGAAAGCGGACAUAUAACCUCGUGAUGGUUCCAACAGAAAUGCGUUCACAAGUGAGAAAUUGUAACCGACCAUUCGGUGUGACAUCCGCAAAUACCAAGCACCAGACCGUUAGUGCAGUUUAUGGUCGAUUGUUUCUUCGCUGU